CUCCUCUCCCAGCGGAGCGGCUCGGGCUGCCGGGGAGGCCCGGCUCCCUCCGGACGCCCGGCCAACGGCGGCGGCGGCGGCGGCGAGUCCGCGGCCCUGCCGGGAGGGAAAGCGACGCCGCCGUCUUGCCGGGCGACGCGGCGAGCAGUUCCAGAGAACUGCUGGUUUAUGUUUUAGCUCUUGCCAAGUUGUGAAAAUAGUGAAGGAUGCUUAGACUACUUAACAUUCAAAUUGCUCUCUGGUUAAUCAUCUUUAGAAGAUUGGAUUGCUGGACAUCUACUCCACUCCUCUAUUGACUUUUAAGAUAUGAUAAUGCAAACCUAUAACACUGGCAAUCAUCCAUGAACCUUUAAUUGCACUGAUUAAUAGCAUUUCAAGCUUCCUCAGGGAAUAUACAAUGACAUCAGCUGUGGUUGACAGUGGAGGAGGUUCUGUUUUGGAGCUUUCCAGCAGUGGAGUAGAGAAUCAAGAGGGAGAGGAAGAGAGAGGAAGAGAGGGAUAGAAACUUCAGUGAUGAGAGAUAAUCACUGACCGGCCACCACCUACACGGCCCCUACUGGGGAUCGAGCCCACAACCCAGACAUGUGCCUUGACCAGGAAUUGAAACAUGACCUACUGGCUCAUGGGUCGACACUCAGCCACUUAGCUCCACCAACCGGGCCAGCAUGAAGGUGAGAAGGUUUCUGACUAUCCAGCAGUGAUUGUGGAGCCAGUUCCGAGUGCCAGAUUAGAGCAGGGCUAUGCAGCCCAGGUUCUGGUUUAUGAUGAUGAGACUUAUAUGAUGCAAGAUGUGGCAGAAGAACAAGAAGUUGAGACCGAGAAUGUGGAAACAGUGGAAGCGUCCGUUCAUAGCAGUAAUGCACACUGUACAGAUAAGACCAUUGAAGCUGCUGAAGCCCUGCUUCAUAUGGAAUCUCCUACCUGCUUGAGGGAUUCAAGAAGUCCUGUGGAAGUGUUUGUCCCUCCUUGUGUAUCAACUCCAGAAUUUAUCCAUGCUGCUAUGAGGCCAGAUGUCAUUACAGAAACUGUAGUGGAGGUGUCAACUGAAGAAUCUGAACCAAUGGAUACCUCUCCUAUUCCUACAUCACCUGAUAGCCAUGAACCAAUGAAAAAGAAAAAAGUUGGCCGUAAACCGAAGACCCAGCAAUCACCAAUUUCCAAUGGGUCUCCUGAGUUGGGUAUAAAGAAGAAACCCAGAGAAGGAAAAGGAAACACAACCUACUUGUGGGAGUUUCUUUUAGAUCUACUUCAAGAUAAAAAUACUUGUCCCCGAUAUAUUAAGUGGACUCAGAGAGAAAAGGGCAUAUUCAAGCUUGUAGAUUCAAAGGCUGUCUCUAAGCUUUGGGGAAAGCAUAAGAACAAGCCAGACAUGAACUAUGAAACCAUGGGACGAGCUUUGAGAUAUUAUUACCAAAGGGGUAUUCUUGCAAAGGUUGAAGGACAGAGGCUUGUUUAUCAGUUCAAGGAUAUGCCCAAAAACAUAGUGGUCAUAGAUGAUGACAAAAGUGAAACCUGCAAUGAAGAUUUGGCAGCAGCUACUGAUGAAAAGUCAUUAGAACGAGUGUCAUUAUCUGCAGAAAGUCUCCUGAAAGCAACCUCUGUUCGUGGUGGGAAAAACUCCUCUCCUCUAAACUGCUCCAGAGCAGAGAAGGGAGUAGCGAGAGUUGUGAAUAUCACUUCCCCUGGUCAUGACGCUUCGUCCAGGUCUCCUACUACUACCACAUCUGUAUCAGCAACAGCAGCCCCAAGGACAGUUCGUGUGGCAAUGCAAGUUCCUGUUGUAAUGACAUCGUUGGGCCAGAAAAUUUCAACUGUGGCAGUUCAGUCAGUUAAUGCAGGUGCACCAUUAAUAACCAGCACUAGUCCAACAACAGCAACCUCUCCAAAGGUAGUUAUUCAGACAAUCCCUACUGUGAUGCCAGCCUCUACUGAAAAUGGAGACAAAAUCACCAUGCAGCCUGCCAAAAUUAUCACCAUCCCAGCUACACAGCUUGCACAGUGUCAACUGCAGACGAAGUCAAAUCUGACUGGAUCUGGAAGCAUUAACAUUGUUGGAACCCCACUGGCUGUAAGAGCACUUACUCCUGUUUCCAUAGCCCAUGGUGCACCUGUAAUGAGGCUAUCAGUGCCUACUCAACAGGCAUCUGGCCAGACUCCUCCCCGAGUGAUCAGUGCGGUCAUAAAAGGGCCAGAGGUUAAAUCGGAGGCAGUGACAAUAAAGCAGGAACAUGACGUGAAAACUUUGCAGCUGGUACAAGAAGAAAAACCGGCAGACGGAAAUAAGACAGUGACCCAUGUAGUGGUUGUCAGUGCCCCUUCAGCUAUUGCCCUGCCCGUAACUAUGAAAACGGAAGGACUAGUGACAUGUGAGAAAUAAAAGAGCAGCUCUGCCAUGGACUUUAGACUGUUAGUAACAGUACUAACAUAAAUGUUUGCAAGGGAUGUCAUCAAGAAAAGUCAAAAGGAGACUUUAAAACAUUUUUAAUGCAUAUAGGAAAACAAUCAAACUUACUGGAAAUAAGUUACCUGUCCCAUGUUUCAGUGGGAAAUGAACUACAUGUUGAGAUGCUGACAGAAAACUGCCUCUUACCUAGGAAACAACUGAACCCAUCAAUAAAAAAGGAUUGAAAGGGACCAAGCAACUCACUACAAUGUCAAGUUACACUAAGACUUGGAACACUAACAUUCUGUAAGAGGUUACAGUUUUCAAUGGGGAGGGGUUGGGAUGGGUGAUCUCAUUGUUACAUAUAGCAAUUUUUGUGCAUUUUAUAUGCAUACCAGCAAUUAUUACUGUGUUCACACAGAACUCACUUAACUGGUGCUAUGUGAAGACUCUGCUAAUGUAGGUAUUUUAGAAUGUGAAUUGAAGAAUGGAUCCAAAAGCUUCAGAAAGAGGAUAGCAAAAAAGAUCUAGUGCGAUUUUUUAAUAAAAUAUCAUAUAGCUUAAGCUGAUUUAAAACAAAGGCCUUAGACUAAUUUUCGGUUUUCUUUAUUGAAAUAAGCUAAUGGCUUGUUUGUGUAAAGCUUUUUUUAUUAAAAGAAAAAUUUUAAAAAUCUUGUACCUAGCACAGUAUUGUUAUAGAAUUUACAUGUAACAUUUUAUAUGGUAGUUUAAGUCUGUCAGUUUCUUAAUUGUGGACAAAUUAACAGUUGGCUCUGGCCUUUUGCUGUAACAUGCCUGUGUCACUCAGCCCUGUCAUCUGUGCAGACAUAUCAGUUUCUGUUCUCCUGUCACUUGGAAGUUAAGGCUCAGCAUGAAUUUUUGUCAGGUAAUUCUUAAUACCUGGAGUUUUCUUUCUUUUUUUCCUUUUUUUUUUUAGUUGAAGUUUAAGAGGGAAAGUACCAGUGUUCAAAUUUGAACUAUAAUAGUUUGUAUAUUCAACAUUUGAAGUAUAUUCUAUUUUGUUGUACUCUUGUUUCAAAGUGUAUUCAAGUAGGUUUUCUGAAAUAUAGAAAUUUAUCUUGCA